AUGGAUUGCGAAGUUUCUAGGACUACUAGAAGAUACUGGGAAAUUGAAAGUAAUGAUGAAAUCGAAGAUGAAGGUAGGCCCGGUACUGCUACACUCACCGCUGGUAAAGACGGCACCAAAAUACCCAAAACCUCUUCAGCUGAUGAGGAUAGCUGGAAAGACCCAAACACUUCUGUUAAUGCAGUCUUAAUAUCAGACACUGAAGCAAAUGAUGCAAUUGAGAUGGAAGCACUUAAAGUUAAUGUUUCAGACAGUGAAAGUGAUGUCAGUGAAAACCUUUUUGAAAUGCCUAGAGAAUGCGAAUAUACUUGGGCUGAAUUUCAGCAAUUAUUGAAAAAUGUCUUUGGUGAGCGGACAGAGCCACCAGACGUCCCAAGGAAAUAUAUCCGUGAUGCAUUAUUUGAAAUAGAUUGUUGCGAAAAUGAAGGUAAUUGCCCACAGGAAUCCAUAAAUGUCUGGAGAAACAGACUAAAUGACUGGUUACAUGAAAUGAGGCGCACGAGAAUUAUACGCAAGUCAAAUAAAGAAAUCCGAAAAGACCGUCCGCAACCACGGCUACCCAAGAAAGGCAAGGCCGUUGAAACGGAUAAUGAUGAUUUUUUCAUACACAGCGAGUACAUAGUCCCAUGGAAUCGACUCAGGAGCAUGUGGACCGUUUGUUUCGGCUUGCAAGAAGAAUUUCCGGAGGGUGUUGGGGUCAAAAAAAUAAGAGAAGCAUUAACAGAUUGCGUGCGUUACAGAAAUAACGCUGGAGUUGACUCUGACGAAAUUUGCCAAUGGAAGGAAAAGUUUGAGCGGUGGAUUAAUGAAGCUGAAAGCCUGGCUCAGACAAAUAAAGAACUUGGUAAUCGUUGUUUAAUAUAA